AUGGCCGCGGGCGGGCGGGCGAGCGAGCCGCUGGCCGAGCUCAGCCACUACGUGGUGGCGCGGCCCAUCUACAGCGAGCCCGGCUUCCAGGAGGAGAACGAGCGGCAGCCGCCGCUGCCGCCCACGCUCCGCGAGCGGGCGCAGGCGGCCUGCAGAUGUUCAAGGAAAAGGGCCUUUCAGAUUGCCAAGUCCUUUCUGCCCAUCCUGGAGUGGCUGCCCAACUACCGGGUGAAAGAGUGGCUGAUCAGCGACAUCAUCUCGGGGCUCAGCACCGGCCUCGUCGCCACCCUGCAAGGUUUGGCAUAUGCUUUGCUGGUUGCAGUCCCUGUUGGAUUUGGUCUCUAUUCUGCUUUUUUCCCCAUCCUGACAUACUUUUUCCUGGGAACAUCAAGGCACAUCUCAGUUGGUCCAUUCCCAGUGGUCAGUUUGAUGGUGGGAUCUGUUGUAUUGAGCAUGGCCCCAGAUGAGAAUUUUCUCAUAGAAGGCAGUAAUGCUACAGGGACUAAUGUCACAGGGGCACUGAUAGACACUGAGUCCAGAGAUGCACAGAGAGUGCUGAUUGCAAGCACUCUCACAUUCCUGGUUGGAAUUUUACAGGUUAUAUUUGGAGUUCUCCAGAUUGGUUUCAUUGUGAGGUACCUUGCAGAUCCAUUAGUUGGGGGAUUCACAACUGCAGCUGCUUUUCAAGUGCUUGUGUCACAACUGAAAAUAGUUCUGAAUGUUUCAACUAAAAAUUAUAAUGGUGUCCUUUCCAUAAUAUAUACUCUUGUUGAAACAUUUGAAAAAAUUGGGACCACCAACAUUGCAGAUCUUAUUGCUGGACUCCUCACCAUUUUUGUCUGCAUGGUAGUUAAAGAAAUAAAUGAUCGGUUCAAACACAAGAUACCUAUACCUAUCCCAAUAGAAGUUAUUGUGACAAUAGUAGCCACUGGCAUUUCCUAUGCUGCUGACUUGGAAAAAAAAUACAAUGCAGGCAUUGUUAAGAGCAUUCCAAGAGGAUUUUUGCCUCCUGAGCCUCCAAAUGUCAGCCUGUUUUCCCAGAUGAUUGCAGCCUCCUUUUCCAUUGCUAUCGUUGCUUAUGCUAUUGCUGUGUCUGUGGGGAAGGUAUAUGCAACCAAGUAUGACUAUGCUAUUGAUGGAAACCAGGAAUUUAUUGCCUUUGGGUUCAGCAACAUUUUUUCAGGUGCCUUUUCUUGCUUUGUUGCAACUACGGCUCUUUCACGGACUGCAGUCCAAGAAAGUACUGGUGGAAAGACUCAGGUUGCUGGUAUAAUCUCAGCUGGGAUCGUUUUGAUUUCUAUUGUUGCCCUGGGGAAAUUGCUAGAGCCCUUACAAAAGUCUGUGUUGGCAGCUGUAGUCAUAGCUAACUUGAAAGGGAUGUUCAUGCAAGUGUUUGAUGUUCCCCGUCUAUGGAGACAGAAUAAAGUGGAUGCUAUGAUCUGGGUUUUUACAUGUAUAGCAUCCAUCAUUCUGGGACUUGAUUUGGGAUUACUUGCUGGCCUUUUGUUUGGAUUGCUGACAGUUGUGCUGAGAGUUCAGUUUCCUUCAUGGGGAGGCUUUGGAAACAUUCCUGGCACAGACAUCUACAAGAAGGUCAAGGACUACAAAAAUGUUAUAGAACCAGAAGGUGUGAAGAUUCUCAAGUUUUCUAGUCCAAUUUUUUAUGCUAACAUUGAUGGACUGAAAAGCAGCCUCAAAUCCACUGUGGGAUUUGAUGCAGUCAAGGUAUAUAAUAAGAGACUCAAAGCACUGAGGAAAAUACAAAAGCUAAUUAAGAAGGGAAAAUUAAAAGCUACUAAGAACGGCAUCAUCAGUGAGCCUGGUAUUAAUAAUGAAGCUUUUGAGACUGAUGAGGAACCUGAAGACAACCAGGAUCCUCAAGUUCCCACCAAAGAAGUAGAGAUCCAGGUGGACUGGAAUUCAGAACUCCCAGUCAAAGUAAACAUCCCCAAGGUGUCCAUCCACAGUCUCAUUCUUGAUUUUGGAGCAGUAACCUUCUUGGAUAUUGUAGCUGUGAGAUCAAUAAAAACGAUAAUUAAAGAGUUUGAGAGAAUUGAUGUGAGAGUAUACUUUGCUUCAUAUCAAGACAACCUUAUAUCUCAGCUGGAACGGGGUGCCUUCUUUGAUGACACUGUCAGAAAAGACAUAUUUUUCUUGACUGUCCAUGAUGCAGUGCUCUACAUAAGGAAUCAAAUGACAUACAGUGACAACCAGGAUCCCAUAUUUGAGAAGAUUUCACUCAUGCAGGAGUCAAAAGAACCCAUAGAGUUCACAGAAGCCAGCCAGCCUGAUGAUGAACUUGAUGUUCAGGAAGAGGCUAUGCGCCGACUUGCCUCCUGAAGGACUGCUGGUACCGUCCUGCCUGUGAGAGCACAGCAAUAUCCAGCCACCAGUACUGUCCAUACCAGCAUUUUCUGCUAUGAAACCAAUCUUUGCACUUGAAGAAAACCCUGAUUGUUUGUCUGAAUGAUACAGAUUUCUAUAACUCUCCAAAUUUUAGCUAGCAUUAUCCCAGAAAUAUUCUGGACUUUGAUUCUGCAAGCACUUUCUGCUAUGAUAUAUAUUAAUAAAAAAG